UCAAUCACAGACUGUGCACAUUUUAAGUAGUAAUGUUGCAGUGAAACCGCGGCCAUAGUAAGGAAAAGCUAUGGUAGGGGCAUUCCUUAAAUGUAUGUUCAUUUAUUUGACAAGUCAACAACUUACUGUUGAAGGAACGGAUAUAGUAUGGCAGAUGUGUUUAGGAAGGUGUGUGCACCUUGGACUGACAAAUGCCUCAUUUGCCGAUCAGUCACAUUAUUGUAAAUCAAUUAACGCGAAACAGGUGCAUUUUGGUCAUAACGAGGAACAAGCCUUGGCGACGAAGUUGUUGGCGUGCAGGUUACAGAAGCUAGAUGGGGAGUCUUACUGGAUACGUAGACACAACAUACAAAAUCACAACAAACCGAUUUGCCACACAAUGACGUUUUCUGGAAAUACUGUACACUUCAGUCAAAAUACCCCGUGUUCGUCUUUGUCACAUCCGUUCUGUGAGACAGACAAAUCAUCCUGUCAGAUUUCGCGAAGCAUAAAAGGAACUGUUGCCUCAUAUGGAGAGUAA